GUUACAGGUGGGUGGUAACACUGAGGAUCUUUCCGUCUGAGAGCUGGUUUCAUCAGAAAACAAGUCACAUUGUAGCUCCAAAGCAAAGUUACCUUGCCAGAUAUUACGAUAGCGGCACAGACAGCACCCAGGAAUACCAUACACAGACGCGCAUUUGCUGGACAGUCUUCUAACAUUGCACUGACUUGUACACUGGCACCAGCAGCACGUUGCACUAUUCAAUUGACUUUUAACCCAACACCAGACGCACGUUUUGCAAGAUCUUACUGUUGGCUGGGAAUACAUUGCGGCUGCUACAAGCACAAAAAGAAGCUCGGGACAAACGAACGCUUGGCUUUUAUAUUUUUUUGUAUUGCCUUUUUUUUGUACGACCUUGCUACUUACAGUUAAGCGUGAGUCAUUGGUAACUUUGCAAAGUGCAAUACUGAGGCCGGUUACAUUGUUAUAGCACAUGAUGUACACUAUUACCAGGGGUCCCAGCAAACUUGCCACACAAAGGAGAACAGGUCCCACGCAGCAAAUCGACAACAAGAUCAACGACUUGAAGCAGAAGCAGGCGCAGUGGCCAGUAUCUGACCCAGCUCUGAAGCUUGUGUUCAAUCGGGUGAACGGCAAGCGGUACCACACGCCACAGCCACAGACAGACUGCCAGGGCGAGGACUACACAGCAGCACACGAGGAGAAUGUCAAGUUUGUAUACGAAGCCUGGCGAGAGGUGGAGCAGCGGCUUGGAGACUCGCGAGGGGCAGAGAACGGGCACGGACCUGUCCAGUAUACAGAGAAGUCACCCAACCCCAGCUUAAAGAAUUUCGUCCCCAUUGAUCUGGAGGAGUGGUGGGCGCAGCGUUUUUUGGCCAAUAUUGUGAAUCAGUCCUGAAGGGCCCAUUCAGCUCCAGAUCAGAUUCUGGUGCCUGUCCCUGGAUGAUGGAAACUGUCUUUCUGGGCUCUCGGAACCAGCUUCAGAGGCAAGAGAAACCGGACACAGGCUCAGUAACCGCACUGCCACGGUGACAGCGGCUCAACGCUGGCCUUGCUGAAACUGCCCAUUUCCAUGUUUUUUUUGUUUGUUUGUUGUUGAAACAAGCUUUGUCAUAGCUAAAGAAAAAAAAAGGUCUUGGCUGUUAUUUACUAAAAAAAACUAAAAAAAAAAAAAAAAAAA